AUGGCACGAUUCUUCGGACUGCGCGGCUCUAAGCUGCACUUGGCCAUCUGGAUGGAAGCCUGCUUCGCCGUCGUUAUCUUCGGCUACAACCAGGCAAGUGCCGGCGGUGUGCUUGGCGAUCCGACGUUCAACCUUCAGUUCCCCAGAAUGAAUACUAUCUCCACGACCGGAGCUCUUCAGAAGUACAAUGCCAGGAUCCAAGGAACUGUUGUCGCCUUGUAUACUUUGUUUGGAGUCUUUGGUGCCCUUGGUUGCACGUUCCUUGGUGACCGACUUGGCCGUCGAAAAACAAUCUUUUUCGCGAGUGUUGUCCAGGGUAUUGGCGCCAUUCUCCAAGCCUCAUCCUUUGCCUUCGGCCAGUUCAUCGUGGGAAGAGUCGUCCUCGGUCUGGGUACGGGUGGUAUUAUUGCGACAGUUUCGGUCUGGCAGUCAGAAGUCUCCAAAGCCGAGAACCGUGGCGAGCACGUUUCUGCCUUUGGAAUCUUCUGCGGCUCCGGUCUUGCUCUGGCCCUGUGGAUUGCCUUCGGCAUGUCGUAUACUCAACCCAGCUCUGUCUCAUGGCGCUUUACUCUGAUCUUUACUCUGUUCUUGUCGAUCCUGGUUUGUUCCUUCAUCUUUUCUUUGCCCGAGAGUCCUCGCUGGCUCUGCAAGAUGAAUCACUGGGACGAGGCCAGAGAGAUCUUAGGCCUGCUCUACGACGUCGAGCCCCACAGCGAGACGGUGAACAGAGAGAUCGAGAACAUCCAGGUCUCCCUCGAGCGCGCCCGCAGAGGCAAUAUCGGUGCUAUGUUCCAGAUGGGUCCCCAAAGAACCCUCCACCGCGUGGUCCUUGCCGCUGUCGCUCAGAUUUUCUUGCAAAUGACAGGUGUCAAUUCCAUUGCAUACUACGCGCCAAGUAUCUACCAGGAGCAGCUGCACUUUAGCCAUACGACUUCUGCAAUUCUCGCCGCAGCAUCGCAGCUUGUCAUGGUACUCGGAGCUUUCUGCUGCUCAUAUACCGUGGAUCGCUUUGGUCGUCGCAAGCUCAUGAUCCUCAGCGCCUCGGCCAUGUCUAUAUGUUUUGCUUGCCUCGCGGGUCUGACGUCUCAGGCGACUAAUUCAGCUGCAUUGAAAGCGGCUGUCUUCUUCCUAUAUCUCUACUUCUUUGUCUAUGUUCUCGGCUUCUUGGGACUGCCUUUCCUCUAUGCCUCAGAGAUCGCUCCGACGCAUCUACGGGCAGCCACGUGUGGUCUAUCCACUGCUGUCUCCUGGCUAUUCAACUUUCUGGUCGCCGAGGUCACCCCAGUGGCUUUUGCCGACAUUGGUUGGAAGUAUUUCAUCGUCUACUGCUGCCUGAACGCGGCUUUCGUACCCACAAUUUACUUUUUCUUUCCCGAGACAGCUGGUCGAUCGCUUGAAGAGAUUGAUGCAAUCUUUGAGGCCACAACGUCGAUUUUCGAUGCCGUGCCUGCCGCUGACAAGUUGCCCAAGCGCGACUACAGUGCGUUCGUUCGAGAGAAGGAGGGCGAAAUCGACAGCGAACAGAAGAGCGCGGACGCUGCUCAUGUCGAGGUUUGA